CACCUUCCCAUAAUUACAUUAAAAUAUCUCCCAAAUAUUAAAUUCCAACCUCGCAUUUAUCAUCCCAUACUACUUUACUCAAUUUACUUUUUUACAAAAAAGUCAAAUACAAGUUCUGUUUCAUUAAUAACGAAAAAUAAUUAUAUUAAAAAAUAAAUUACAAAAAUUAACAUCUAGCUACAGAUGUUACACUCUCUUGAUGGAAAUUUUAUAUGCUCGUCAGUAUUUUUUAUUUAAAAAAAUAAUUGGGAAAGUGGAAAGAAAAAAGGUUGUAAGGUAGUGUGUAGUUGUAUGGGUCAAGCCGAGCCGAUCCGAUCCGAUGACGCCAGCGAGUCACGGUUCCCCCAACAACACGCGCCCUUCCCCGGCGACCGUACCGUAUUAUCCCUCCCACCCCAUUCGCCUUUCUUUUUCGUUCCGCCGCUCUCUCUCUCUCUCUUUCUCUCUCUCUCUAACCUAUUUUCUUUCCUCUUUCCCUCUUUCUAUCUCUAUCCUCCCCUAACCCUAAAUAAUUUCACGCAACCCUAAAUCCACCGUUUUCCGAUGCCGGAUUUCAAUGAUUCCGCUGUCCCUACUCCGCCACCCAACCCCCGUCCCAUGCCCGUCCGCGAGGACUGCUGGACCGAGGAGGCAUCUGCCACUCUCGUCGACGCCUGGGGCCGCCGCUACCUUGAGCUCAACCGCGGCAAUCUUCGUCAGAAGGAUUGGCAGGACGUUGCCGACACCGUCAACGCCCUCCAUGGCCACACCAAGAAGACUCACCGAACCGAUGUCCAGUGUAAGAACCGAAUCGACACGAUUAAGAAGAAAUACAAGGUCGAGAAGGCUAGGGUUACGGCCUCCAACGGUACCGUUUCGUCCUCCUGGCCCUUCUUCGAGAAAUUGGACGCGUUGAUUGGCCCUAACUUCAACGCAAAGAAGAAUUCCUCUUCGCCGUCCCCGUCUCCUCCAGUGGCUCUCCCGUUGUUGCCGUAUCGGAAGGCCUCUGUGCCGGCUGUUUCUCCCGUUACUGCUGUGCCGCCAGCCGCCGUGGCGCUGCCGCAGAAGCGGUCGGCGGCGGCAGCGAUGGACGAUGGGUACUUCAGGAGGAAUUAUUCGGCGAUGGCAGCCGCUGCGGCUGCCGCUGAGGCCGAUGAGCAGUAUGAGGACGAAGAGGAAGAGGAAGAGGAAGAUGAGGAGGAAGAAGAGGAGGAUGGGAGGGGGAGCGAGGUGGAGGAAGGGGAGAGGGAUAGAGAGGGGAUGAGGAGGUUGGCCAAGGCAAUAGAGAGGUUUGGGGAAGUGUAUGAGAGAGUGGAAGCACAGAAGCUGAAGCAGAUGGUGGAUUUGGAGAAGCAGAGGAUGCAGUUCGCCAAGGAUCUUGAGGUGCAGAGGAUGCAGAUGUUUAUGGACACGCAGGUUCAGUUGGAGAGGAUUAAGCGCGGGAAGAGAUCCGGGUCUAAUGAUAUGUAUAGCUAGCCAGGUGAGCGUUGGGUUGAUAAUGUUGCAGCUUGGAAGGUCAUACAGAGUUAUGACCAUUGCAAAGUACAUAUCUUUAGCUGAUACUGUCAUGAGAAAUCUCCAAUAGAAAUUUGUCCUGGAGUAAUUUUGGAUUCUUUUAGUUAGCCUUUAUUUUAUUAUUAGCCCUUAUAAGUUAAUUCAGCAACUGUACUAGGCCUCAUUUGGGCUCUGAUAUAGAAUUUGAUCUAAUGUAUAACACUUCUAUCUCUCCACUCUUUUCUUUUCCUU